AGACGGAGAGGCUCCUUUUACUUCUUCUUCAAUCUCAUGCAACGGGCAACAUUAUUCAUCGCUAUAGGGGGCAUGACCCUCAUCCUCUCCAUGAAUUCACAUUCAUUUCCUUUUCUAGGUAAUACAUGUCUUCCUUUAUGGCUGAGUCUUCGGACUUCGGUACUAAAAGUUGCUCUGCUAGUCCUUCGCAGAGUGGGCUCGACUCCAAGGACGAUCCUCCGGUAUAACUAUUACGCUGCUCAUGGAGCGGGCUUCAACAUGGUAAAGAAUAGCUUCAAUGAUGCAAUGAUCUAUAUCAUAGGGAUCUUACGAUCAUCAGUCUUUCAUUUUGCCCGUUGCAGGCUGGCCAGGCUUGGAUUCAAUGAGGUUCAAUGCAGCGGUGCCGGAAGAUGUAUUUCGCCGGCAAUGUGACGUCCAGUC